AUGAGUCGUUUUACAACGUACGUUAUGAACAAUACAACCCCGAUGAUUUUAGUCUUUAUCGCCGCUGAUAGAUAUAUCAGAAUUUGUCGUAAGCGUGCAAAGAGAAUCGAACCACGCACUGCGUUUUACGCUUGUGGUAUGGCAGUUGUUAUUGGUAUAUCAGUUUCCUGGCCAUCAUUGAUAUUGUAUGGUCGACGAGAAAUAAUGAUUCCACUUCCGGGAAGAAACGUGACAGGAGUUAUGUGCCUUGUUGAAAGUCGGUUUAAAGGGACGGUGUAUCCGUUUAUAUUCUUUGUAUAUUUGUGGGUUGGCGUAACAGUGAUAGGUUGUAUAAUAGUCGUAAUGUAUACAUUUAUAGGCAAGGAGGUGUAUCGUAGAAAACGGAUGAAAAAGGCAAAAAUGAAACUUGUGGAAGACACUUUAAAACGCUUACAAGCGAAACGUAGGAGUAUGAGCAAUACAUCUGCAUUAACUAGUGGUCCCGAUAGAUCAGGUGAAGAUUUAUGCCCUGUAGCCAUCAAGUGUGCACCUAAUAUAAAGCCUGGCCGAUCUACUUUGAUGCUGUUUGCUAUAGCUGUAGUGUAUUUAUUGAGUUUUUUACCGUUUUUAAUAGUAAUCACAGUGCGAACUAUAUGUGGUGAAAAUUUCUAUAAAAACCUAACCAAGACAGAAGAAGUGAUAGUUAAUAUUUUUAUCCGUUCUUAUUUAUUUAAUAAUUGUUUUAAUCCGGUUGUUUAUGGGAUGUGUAAUAUACAGUUUCGGCGUGAAGUUAGAUAUAUAUAUUACAGAAUGACUAAGAGAUCGGAAGAUGUGGCCUUUCCUCGAACAACCAGUGUUAACAUCAACCCUAAUUAUUAA